GGCCAAAUUUCCAACCUAACCUAUAAAAAGUCAGUGUCAAAGUUGAAAAACCGUAAUGUGAAAGUGUUGCGUUUGCGAGAAACUGUUGUGUGUCAUGAGGCGAAAAAUGUCGUUGAAGACCGUCGGUAUCGUCGUAAUUAGUGACGAGGUUCUUUCCGGCGAAAAAACCGACAAUACUAGCAAAUAUCUGAUCAAGGAACUGGCCUGUUUGGACUAUAGUGUGGGCAAAGUCUCGACAAUCAGUGAAAGAGAAGAUGUGAUUUUUAACGAACUUCAUGCACUAAUGAGGUCUUUCGACAUGAUAAUAGCCGUUGGUGAGCGAUGCGGGGUUAUUUACAGAGCACUUGGCAAAAUGACCUCACAAGAACUUGAAACUAGUGAUGACCUAACUCGAAUACUCGCAGAGAUUGGCGAGAAUUCGAACAAAACUGAGACCUUAUUGCCGCGGCAAGCUAAAAUUUUGCAUUCGGGACACAGUUAUCCCGUCGUUUACUUCCAGAGGAUUUUUAUAUUGAAGGAGAAGUUUCUGAAACAGAGUUUCACCAAAGUUUUAAAGAAUCAUUUAUUGAAGUAUAGGAAAGAGAGAAACUUGCAAAAAAUAAUCGAAAUCGUUAAAAACGGAAACUUGACAAUUGAUUUAAAUGAAUUUAAAACCAAUGGUCUCCAACUGGAAUUUAGCAAAACUGAUAAGUGUUACACUUUCAAAGUGUCGAGUCCAGAAUUGCGCGAAAUGGUGGAAUUUGAGAGGAAAAUCAGUGACAGGUUUCAAAAUUAUAAUUUAAAAUUUAUCGAUAAUUCAGACGUGUGGGAACACGUGUACUCCAGCAAUGAAACACACAUCAAACAUGCAAUUGAAAACAUUGAAGAGUGUUUGCAACAGUACGGUUUAGAGAAUAUCUUCGUGAGUUUCAACGGCGGAAAAGACUGCACCGUUUUGCUCCAUUUGGUUUUAACAGUCGUCAAGAAAAAAUUUCCUCAACAUUCACAACCAAUUCCCUGUCUUUACGUCCAAAGUGAAAGUCCCUUUCCCGAGCAAGACGAGUUUAUUGACUUGUGCAAAUGCUACUAUAAUUUGAAAAUAAUGGUCAUUAACGCGGGAAUCAAGGAUGCUUUGGGCCAAACUCUGGAAAAAUAUCCAAAUUUCAAGGCAUGCUUUAUGGGGACGAGACGAACAGAUCCGUACUCAGGCGAUUUGACAGUUUUUCAGAUGACUGAUUCCAAUUGGCCUCAAAUACUCAGAGUUAGUCCGGUCCUGGACUGGCAUUAUUCCGAUAUUUGGGAUUAUUUACUCUUCUAUAAAGUACCGUACUGUAAAUUGUACGAUUUGGGGUUCACCUCGUUGGGGAACACCGUAAAUACGAAUCGGAAUCCCUCUCUUAAGUGCUACGAGCCGUUUGACGAGGGCGAAUUUUACUUACCGGCUUAUAAAUUACUGAAAGAGGUUAAGGAGCGCAAUGGACGGAAUACGAGUUGAUUUUCGGGGAAAAACUAGCUGAAUUUAUUUCUGGGGGUGGAAAUGUAGCAAAAUACAUAGAUCGUACUUUAUUAUUUAUUGUAUAUGUUGGUUCUGUAGAGUUUAUUAAUGUUGUUUAAUAAAAAUGUGAAAUUGUGUUUUA